UCUCACUUCGCAUCUAAAUGAGGUGGUCGCCGUCACCGCCGUCGCCGGGGGCGAUCUUGAAGGCGGGGCGGGGCGGCGGUCUGGGCUUCGCCGCUAUGGCCUACGUCGGCGUGGACUACCUGCGCCACCUGUCGCCGUCGUGGCACGAGCGGCUCCAGCCGGCGCUCUGGACCGUGCUAGCCCUCGUUGCCGUCUCCCGGGUUCCCUUCUACAGGCACUGGUCCGCCGAGCUCCGCUCCGCCAUUCCCUUCGUCGCCGCCAUGAUCUUCAUGCUCGCUGCUCUCCUCUUUGAAGCUCUCUGCGUCCGCUUCGCCACCGCCGUCCUUGGCCUCGAUUGGCACCGUAAUACUUCACCUCUUCCGGACACUGGGCAAUGGUUGCUGCUGGCAUUGAAUGAAAAACUUCCUCCAACAGUGGUUGAGAUAUUGAGAGCCCAUAUCAUUGGACUGCACCAUUUCCUGAUGUUAUUUAUGAUGCUGGCAUUUUCUGUACUGUUUGAUUCUGUAAAAGCUCCUGGGCUUGGGCUGGGUGCCAGGUAUAUGUUCACCAUGGCAAUUGGGCGCCUUCUUCGAGCUAUAUCUUUCGUAUCCACAAUUCUUCCAUCAGCUCGGCCUUGGUGUGCAUCAGUUCGGUUCAAAGUACCUGCAUAUCCUCAUCGCUGGGCUCAGAAAUAUUAUGUCCCUUAUGCUUCAGAUGCCAAUGCUGUUCGUGAGCUUAUCAAUCUUGAUAUAGCUUUUGAAAGAGUUGCAGAAUACAUUGAUGAUCCUCGUCCUGAUUGGGGGUCGAUGAGCUUCCUAAUUGAUUUCUUGCGACCCAAUUCUUUUCACGGUUCUUCAUGGUACCAUCUCCUGAAAAAGGCUGGAGGCGGCUGCAAUGACCUCCUAUACAGUGGCCACAUGCUCGUUGCAGUACUCACAGCCAUGGCUUGGACGGAAGCUUAUGGAGGUUUUAGCUCCACCCUGAUAUGGCUACUAGUCAUGCACAGCGCACAGAGGGAGAUACGGGAGCGCCACCACUACACGGUGGACUGCGUGGUGGCCAUCUACGUGGGCAUUCUCCUCUGGAAGAUGACGGGCUUCAUUUGGUCGGGCAAGGCCAAGAACGCGUCAAGGGCUAGAAGGCUGGAGAAGCUGGAGAAGAUACAGAGCAAACUGAUCCAGGCUGCAAAAGAUUCGGACAUGGAGGAGGUAAGGGAGCUGCUGAAAGAGGUGGAGCUGGCUGGAAGCCAAGAGAAGCAGCAGAAGAGCAACGGCAGAGGCAUGUGGCUGUUCUCUGCGGCCACCAUUUUAUCAACCCUCACCAUUGUUCUUCUGGCCUUUACGUGGACCAGCGAUGGAUGACUACUACUCGAAUCACUGUCUUGCCUAUUCGGCAGCAGCCUUGUAGUUUGUUUGAUCUUAGUGUAAUCUUAUAAAUUAACAUACAUACCCUCUUUGUGUUCAAUUUUACAAAUUGAAAUAUUGGAUGGCAAACUCAACUACUCAAAAGACUUUGAGGACCCAAUCUUUGUUCCUGUGCCUGUGUGUGAUCAGAUCAGAGGAUCUCCAAAAAGUUCCAUUGCUCAACUCAAUUAUUAACGGCUUUGGCAUAGGUCGCACCAUGUAGAUCCUCAAUUUUAUUCAGUGUGUAGUAAUGCACUCAAUUUUAUGGA